AAAAAUAAUUAUACGCGAGUAAUUGUUUGUAAUAGGGACAUACUUUCAUUUCAUUAUUUCCAGUUUCCUUUUCAGCUGUUUUCCCCCCUCGUAUAGUUUAAAUGUGUCCAAUGAAUAACCCCUACCCGCUGAUAACUGUUUCAAUAACGGAACAUUAAAAAGGAUGUUUAAUUCUCCCAUCAGCUUUCAUCAUCGUUUUAACAACAAGUACUUAAAGAUCAUUUUCCCGCAGAUCGACUAAAUCACGGAAAUACAACUGGUUACAAUUCGUUCAACUCAUUCAAACCUCUAAAAGAAUCACACACGCCAUAUCAUUUACCUUAAAUGCCACUAAUUGAAACUCAUGUACAUCCGUAACAUUCCACCAAAACCCAAUUCUAAACUACUAAAAUGCAUCUCAGACAUAUUUUCUUCCUUACAGACAAUGCAGACUAACAAAUCUGAAAUGAGAGGCAAUUUUCAUAGCAUACAAGUCAUGCUGGGACUACAACAACAGCAACAGCAGCAGCAACAACAACAACAGCAACAGCAGCAACAACAGCAAGCUGGUCACGCCGAUUUAUCUCAAAAUGCUCUAUCCAAUACCUUAUCGUUAAAUUCGGUUCCACUUCCUACUAAUUCUUUAUGCAAUGCACGGUUAACAAAUCCUCAAACAUCAGACUUGAUAGGAAAAGAAGUGACUGAAAAUCCAAAACAAAAUGUGGAAAAAUCACAAAAUAAUAGCAGCACCGAUAAAACUGUAAAGAAAAAGAAAACAAGAACAACAUUUACAGCAUAUCAAUUGGAUGAAUUGGAAAGAGCUUUUCAGAGAGCGCCAUAUCCUGAUGUUUUUGCAAGAGAGGAGCUUGCACUUCGUCUCAAUUUAAGUGAAUCUAGAGUACAAGUAAGUUUAUUUUAUACUUAAAUUAACCUCUUUUAUUAUUAUUAAAUAAUAUUAGAAAUAUUUUCAAAAAAAAUAUAUGAUUUUUCUAACGGACAAAUACUUAAUUGCACGAUAACUGCUAUAAAUAGUUCGUCUAGAGUCUUUCGUCAUGACAUCAUUAGCAUAUGAUUACUGCAAGACAGACAGAAAUGAUUUCUAAUAUCCUGUUAUUCAGAAACCGUAUUUGCUUUUUGUAUUUCAAUAAUUCAUACUUACUCUCUAAUUGAACUUUCUCUGACCUAUAAACUAAUUUUUAAAGUUAUAGAAAAUAGCUUAAAUGUUAAAAUCGAAUAAGACUCUAAAUAGGUUAGAUUAAAAA